GCCAAUCACAGUCAGGGCGAGUAAAAGGCUCCGGCUCAGCGUGUGACCGUCAGAGUGAGUGGUGUCAAAGACUCGCCAGAGAACUUCCAGUCACAAGCGGCGACGGUGUGCUGUCAGCAGUCAGAGCGUUCCCGUAGUACCGGGCCAGCGUUGCCGUGCACUUGUCGAUUCCGACAGUUCCCGAGUACAGUGGGACGUUCAGACCAGGGUGAGCAUAAUCACCGAGAAUAAAAACCUGCCCGACUUUUUCUGAGGUUGUCUUCAUCUGUUGGUGUGCUCCCCCACCAUGUUACCGUCGUUUGGGUUUACACAAGAGCAGGUAGCCUGCGUCUGCGAGGUUCUGCAGCAGUCGGGUAACAUCGAGCGCCUGGGCCGUUUUCUCUGGUCGCUGCCGGCCUGCGAACACCUGCACAAGAAUGAGAGCGUACUCAAAGCCAAGGCCAUCGUGGCCUUCCAUCGCGGCAACUUUCGGGAACUCUACAAGAUCUUGGAAAGCAAUAAUUUUUCGCCACACAACCACCCGAAACUGCAAGCGUUGUGGCUGAAGGCGCACUACAUCGAGGCUGAGAAGCUCCGCGGCCGACCGCUGGGAGCUGUCGGUAAAUACAGGGUAAGACGAAAGUUCCCGCUGCCGCGGACCAUCUGGGACGGGGAAGAGACGAGCUAUUGCUUCAAGGAGAAGUCGAGGGGAGUCCUCAGGGAGUGGUACUCACACAACCCUUACCCCUCACCCAGAGAAAAAAGAGAACUGGCUGAAGCAACUGGACUCACCACUACUCAAGUUAGUAAUUGGUUCAAAAAUCGACGGCAGCGGGACAGAGCGGCUGAAGCAAAAGAAAGGGAGAGUGCAGAGCAGGAGAAUAAGGGGAAAUUAGCAACGCCCAGCACCAGCUCCGAAGAGGACCUCGGCAUGGUGAUGAACGGCAAGGAGAACCUGGGCGACGUGACAGAGAUGGGCGUGUCUGCCGCCUCCUCGGUUCAUCACCACCAUCACCACCAGCACCAGCAUCCUCACCACGCUCAUCAUCAGCAGAGCCUGAUGAUGAGCGAGUUGGGCAAGGCUAACCUCAUGUCGCCCAUGACCAGCCUGCCGCCCGGCGCCUCCGACGUGGCGGGGCUCACACAGGUCAACAUGUCUGAGUCCGUGCUCCAGAACUCGCUACAGAAUUCCAUGUUGGCCCCCAUGUCCAACAAUCUGGUGGAUAUAGGAUCGUAGCGAUGGAGGGCGAAAGAGCCUGCCCGAGCGCCCAGAAACGAGCCAUCAGCCCCCACCAAGAACAUUGUCAACUCCCAGUGAGGCUGUUGAAAGUAAGUCCCAUUUCGAGAGGGUGAUGUGACAUUAAUAUAUAGUAUUAUUUCGUCACUUGCCAGUUGACUGUAAUCGUUUCCAUGAUUUUUACAUGGAACCUAUUGAAUACGGUUUAUAUUUCUUGAUACAAAGAAGAAUGAAUGUGAACGCCAUCUUGCCUGUGACCCAACUCUUACAUACAACAUACGGCUCUUUAUCUUUGCAUUAUUGCUUUACUAAUUUACUACGUUGUUAUUUUGUGUAAUAUAUUUUUGCGGGAAACAAGGUCUUUAACAUUAAAUCACGCCGUGGUAGAUAAGUUAUGUAAUUUCAUUAAUAGCAAAUACCAACCCAACUUUGUCAGGGAUGAUGGUUUAUUACGAACACGAUUCUUCCACAUUUUAGGGCCACAAUAAAAAACACUCAAGUUGUUACGUCUGUAAUAAACAAUGGUUGAUUCUGGAGAUGUAAGUUUUCAGCUGUUAUAACAUGCUUUGGGUGGACUAUUUAUGUUUUGCUGCUUCGUGCCAUGUUGCUAAUAUUGAUGGGGAAUGCGUGGGAAAGUCUUUGCUUCAGUCCUAGCCAUCCUAUAGAUGAUAUUUCUCGGACAGAAUAUUACAAGUGCCGAUUUAUGGCAAAUGAUGCAGAUCCUGUCUUUGUCGCUGGCGGAACGGUUUGUAUUCUGCGUCGGGUCGCAGGUGUCCACGGAAGACGGACACGCCGACGGAAACAUAGCCGAAAGGCUUGAACAAAUCGUCUGCCAUUGAUAUUCCGGUGGAUAAAUUUUCAUGAGAUACUGACAGGAGAGGGGAAAAAAGUGCUGAUGAUAAACAAGGGCGAGUUUUGAUCUAUGCGUGUCGCGGUAAACAUCCGAAGCGAUGGAUAUUUUUGCUGCUAAUAUAUCGCGGUGCACGCACAGGCCCCCAAACAAACACAAAAACACUGGUAUAGUGAGUGAAGUUCUCGCCAAAACAUGACCACAUUCGGUGUAGGCUACUAACCCUGGGAAGUAAGGACACGUAGAGGGAAUUGCUUGGGUUUUUUUUUUUCGUGAAGGCACCGGUGACAUGUUGCCCGCAAAGCCUGCAAGUGUUUUACCAUGGAUACCCAAUCUAUCAACUUAAAUCCUCCCGCAGGUCCGCGCCCUAACAAUGCGCGCGGCGAAAAGAACAGUUGGGAGUAACGGGGCGAAAUAACGGGGGAGGGAGGGCGGGAAACAGGCAGAGACCGGGCUGCGACCAUCACUGGAGAGAUACUGGGGGGGACAAAGUACUGGCCAUCGGGGCGUCCAAGGGGAGGGUAUUUAUAAACGUCACUAACUUCAUCGUACCUCUGAGGAACACGCAUGUCAGCCGCUGGCUGUUUUUAGUGAGAAAUCCAUCUCUUUUAAAAAAAAAUACUCACUAACCGAAAACGCUUGAUUAUCCUCGUAAGAAAACCCGGUUAGAAUCUCCGGCCUGUUUCACAUGGUUACGUUUUACUUCACCCAUAUCGUAUAUUUUUAUCUUCAGUGCCGAUUAAACGGUGUGUAUAAACGAAGACUAUACAUGUAUUUUCUUUUGAAGAUGGCGCUGCGCAUUAUUCCCCUGCGUGUAUCCAUACCGGGUCCUUACCGUAUCGCCAUGAUGAACCGAUCGACUGGCUUUGUUUUUUCCCCUGUGCAACCAAUCGGCUGAUAUCAUAGGAAUUGUAGAGUCCCGUCUGUCAGUACCCAAGCACCAGCCCUUAGAUGGGGAUUUUCUGUCUUACUCCUCCGAUCAUUACAAAGGAUUGUAUCAUGGCCGAAGAAUACGAGAAAACACAAGCAGGAGGAGUCAAGAUUCAAGACGACGACGAAAAUGGGCUCUUGCCAAAAAAGCAGCAAUCAAGCCAUCACCGUGGAUGGUCAUGAUGAUUACACCUUGGCAAUCGUGAUUCCUCCGAGACUUUCCCAACUACUCUGGCUACACAACAGAGCCUUUGACAUCAUCCCACGCCCACAGAGAGGGGCUGAUUAUUGGCCUGAAUGGCAGAGUACACCCUUCCAAUUACUUAGAUUUCACCCGGUAUUCGUCCGCUGGCUCUUGUUCCGUCGUUCAGCCAGCGUGAAUUAGGUGAAGUGGGGGGUCAAACGCGCGCCGUUCAAAGGCUGACGCCCCAGCCCAAAGAAUGGAGGUGGUGUUGGUUUUCACGUCACAUCAUCGCCAUAUCAAUACUGUGUUGUCUUUGAAAGCACAAAUCAAUUUAAUAACUGCAUAGAGGGGGACAUUUUGGGGAGGCUAGCCGUGUGUGUCUGCAUAUCAAUGUUGGAUGUACCGUGCCUCCGAGCAAGUUUGAGCUGACUCAAAGCCCUAAACGGCCUUGUUCCCUCCUCCGUUUUGAUCUGACUUCGAAGCAACCCCAACGAAUGGUUUCUGUUUCAAUUUUCAUGAAACCACGUAGAUUUCAAACAAGUAUUCUUCGGCCGAUAAACCGAGACCGUGAUCGUGAGGUUUCAAGAUGGCCCUAACGGAUAUCAAAACUAAGCAUUUUGGGUGAAAUCGGAGUGUUGAGACGUCACCUGUGUGGAGGUCAGUUCGUUCAUGGAAAAAAAAAACAACAACUGAGCUUUGCAUUUGGUCGAUUCCGGAUAGCGAGUCUGGAAUCAUCGCCUUGCAGUUUCAUUGUCUGCUGUUAUUCCAACAGCAACAAAACUACGUGCUAAUUUCCAUAGCGGAUUGUUCGGGAUUUUCCACUUCACUCCCUGGUCCAGACUUCAAACAAAUAGACGCGCGUAAAUAAAUUACAGUUUUCCUUUCACCGUUUCAUUUGCAAAAUUACUGUGAAAACCACAGUUACGAAUCCUUCGUGGCUUAUCUUUCGUGUCAGUGCCCUCAAAAUCAUCCAAAACUAGCUUGCGGCUGUGCUUUACAUUCUGUGCCGUAUAGAUCUUUUUAAAACAAAGUCUGACAGUCGAAUUAUUCUCGAGAGACUGUAUAUAUUUUCAGGUAAUGCGCCCUUUCUUGGUAAUUAUGCCAUUUAACUUUUAAUAUUUUAACAUACCUCCAUGCACAUCCGGCUCAACAUGGUUCCUUAUCUCUCCCGCCAAACGACCCAGCUUUGCAGCCCAUACAUGUUGGAAUGACAUGCAUCAUUGCCAUGUUGUUUUACAUUUUGUCAGACGAGUGUUCUCGUUGAAGGGGAUUUGUCCUGAGAGCUGGCAGGGGGCUUGCAUGUAAAAUCCCCCCCCUUUUGUCGUGUUUAUAGGGUCCUAUCCUGUCGGCUUCGCUCUUGGUCGCGUAACCCGCGAGGAAAAAAAAAGAGAAAACAAGGAAAAACCCAGCAAACUACUGCAAAUAUCAGAGCUUCCUGUUUCUUUUUUUACAGCGACCUCUGGGAAUCGUUGUAUGUUUAGUGGACAGGUUUUGUUUGUCUCAUAAAUGAUGGAUUAUAUUUAGCCAUCUCCAUGCAUAACAGUCUCAACACAAUAUUCACGCGUCGCUGUCUGGCAGACGCUAAACCGAUACCCACACUAAGUUGGGAAUUUUUUUCAAUUUUCUCCCUGUAAUUUCCGUUUUUCAUUUUAAUCAUCGAUCAUUCUUCUGUGGCGAUGAGCAGCGGUGCUAAUUUAUGGAGGAAAAUGGCCUGGUUAAGUCAGUGAUCGGAAGUGGUGCGCGGUUUAUGAGCGUUUUGCUAUUUCACAUAUGUUUUGUUACAAACAGAGUAACAGCGCGGCCAUUUUUCAGAGCUUGUUCGAAUUCUAGCUUCAGUACAAAUGUCAUGAUGAUAGGCCUACUAGAAAAUGAAAGCAUUUGGGCAGUUUAUCCUUUAAAAUAUGCACACUCUCAACUUACAGUUUCUAAAUCCACAAUUUCUUAUGCCAAUGAAUAAGACAGCUUCCUUCUGGAAUGUUAUUUUAGCAAGUCUUGAAAGGACAGUAGUCAUGCAAAUUAUCUUUUCUUUUUUUCACUUAAUUCAGUUAACAUAAAUUCGCCUAGUUUGUCCAAAAUACACGGUCUGCGCACGCGGAAUGGAAAUUUAAAAGAAAAAAAAUAAAAAUCGAAAGAAUGUGUAGAUGUUUCCAUGUUCUGUCUCAUAUGCAUCGGGAAUGCGUCGUUCAAACCUUAAGUCUUCGACAGGCGAAAACGCCGUGGAAAAAUUAUGAUUAUUAGCGGAUAUAGACACAACAUUUCCCCCCCCCCCAUUGCAAGUUCAACUCGCGGUGUCAGCGGAGCCCGUACAAGUGCCUGCACUUGAGCUGCCCGCUCCCACUGACCGUGCCUCGGCCCGCGUGCAUAAAAAGCGAAUUCCUGGUUCGUGCCUCUGACAACAAAGAUCUCUAGGCGCCACGGGCGUCCAACAAUAGCACAAUUACGGUGCCCUUCUUUGGACAUUGUUGAUCGCAGGACGAUGGCCCAAUUUUUGGGGGGUUCCCUUUUUUUCAGAUGAAGGCUUUAGGAGUUUAUUUUAAUCGCGGUCACUCCCUUUUGGGGGUCCUGAUUGGUCGCACGUGCCCUCCAAUCUCCUUUUCCAGGUCAGCGUGUGCCCGCAUGCAAGUUGCCCGGUCAGGAAAGGACCUGGCCCUGUAUACCCCACCCCCAUGCGAGUCUUUGGCUUCGAGGCAACUGUCACUCAUGCAAACUUUUUCCAAGUGAACUUUAUCACGGAAUUUUAUUCUCAAAGCUCCUUUCAUGUGUCACGUGUGGCUGUUGCAGUCAGUAGUUUUCUCAAGUGGAUUUCGUUUUCAGAAAGAGAGAGGCAUUUCAAAUGAUGCACUGAUUUUUUUCUAGUGAUGACACUGAGCUUUUCUCCAGCUUGACUAUCGAGUGCUUAGUUUCGGGGGAAAAUUUCUGGCAAUGCCCUGGUUCGGCUUAAAGGAUUGAAGGACCCCAGUUUUUCCUGCACCACACAUAGGCAAUGGUAGUUAAAAGCUGUAUCAUCUUUUGGCCUGUUUUUAGCAAAUUACACAGUUUCGCACUUGUGUCCUUAAUAUAAUCAUGCAGGGGAAUGGAAAUUACAACAGUUAAAACACAGUCCGUUUGAACAAAAGAAAGGAAAUAUGAUAUAAAAAGUUGCGAUGGUUUUAUUACAGACCCACUGUAAUACAACGUUUAGUAACAUUCUGUAUUGUUAAAAAAAAGAACCAAGGGCGGUAUAAAUCUCUUUUUUUUUUCUUUUAGUGAACAAAAAGAGCACGCAAAUCGGAGAAUGUACAUGUACUGUUCAUCCUUUCAUCUAGCGCGCAAUGGGCAAAUGGCGGGGUCGUUGUAUCGUGUUUCGUUGGUAUCCUUAGAAAAACCGCUGCAGGUGAAGAUUUGCCAGCACCAAGGAAAAAACAAGCAUGGUGUUUAGGCUCGUGCGCUUCAUUUGCUUGGCUUUUGUGCAAAAACCUCUUAUUUACGCCUCAUCAAAUCUGAUCGAAAGAUAUGAACAGAUUGACACCUACUUUAUUUGUCAGCAACACCGGACUUAAAAGAGAGUCGGAUCGUUGUUCCUUUACUGCUGAUCUGACCGCGUUUGUUGCGUUCGAUCUCCCCAGAGCGCUGGUAGUUAUUAUUUUGGUGUAACUGCCAUUUCAGGUUGGCUCCGAUAUCUCUCUUGUUUGGAGGUGUUGGGGGCGGUCAGUGAAAAUCGUUUUGAUUGAUGCGACACGCAGGCCAAGUUGAAAACAUUUAAAUGCGACCGACUUGGGGUCUGCGUGCGCGCGUUCGUUCUUCCAUUCGCCCGCGACAAGAAAAAGGCCGAAGUACCAGACUACCGCGCGAGACACGUGCCCGCCGUUUCGCCACCACCAGGCGGCAUAAAGGCCGUGCGACGGUGCGGAAAAUUGCAUCGAAUCAGAAUUGUAUCAGACACUUCGCCCCUCUCAUUAUACUCACCCUCAUUUUGCUCUGGAAAUGAUUUAUAAUCACGUUAACACAAUCCAUGGGGGAACAUAAUUAUAGUUGACAUUUUAAUAUUUGAUUUGUUGGAGAAAGUUAUAGGCUACGAAUAACACGAAAUUGAUCUGGUCGACUGCACGAUUGUUUGGUUUGUUCAGCACUUUUGUUUGCAAGCGUCUUUUAAACCGAAACUAGGAUUACCUUUAUUGUUUUCUUUUUGAAGACAAUCACAUCGCUGAAUUUGUCUAGGGUUUUAUGACACUUGUCUACUUGGCGUGGACAUACAGUCAUAAGUGAUAAUAGCAGAUCGUGACUAGGAAAAUGUGCGUGUAUUACACAGCCUUUGCGUUUAGCUGAGCUAAUUUUCAUGAAUACCGCAACCAACUUCGUAAGCUUUCGAUAUUAUACAUCGUUGCGUCGGUGAGAUUAUAAGAAAAUAGGAGAACAGAAAAAGAAACCAAAUGAUUAUCCGAGUUGUCUUCGGCACAUUAUCCAGAAUGUGGCGAACUUUUGCAUUCGCUGCUUCAUCCAGAAAGUGCGAACUUUUUUGAGAAUGAGUCCUUGAACAGAGAUUAAUCUUGUGAGCAGGUUUGCCAUGCUUACACAUUAAAACGUGUUUUUAAAUAGAAAACAACACGACUUGCCAUUUCACCAUUCCUAGAUUUUUAACUAUCGGAGCCACUCUGUAAGAUAACUGAUGUGACGUAACGGUUAAGUUUUUGCCAACCAUCGACAAUGCAGAUACCAGGAUCGAUGUAGUAACAAUACUGCACUUCGAACAUGUAGACUUCUUUCUCACCUUUGGGUUGCUAUCCAAGACUACCUGUCAGUAAAGUCCGUAGGAAUUCUCGACAUGGCUAGGAUUGAAGCAUUGGUAAAAGCAUGGUCCGUCGAAAUUAUAAAGAAGAAAAUCUUUGUCGGUAUGUGAUGCGACUGUGAUUCGAAGACAAAUCAAGAACAUAUUUCACGCAGGCUAUUCCCCUGUGGUGUAUAAGUAAUAUGACGAGCAAGAAUGUUUUGAAGAUAGGAAUACGAACAAGAGAAGUAGAUCGUUUCCACAUGCAGGAAUAAACGCUGAACCGUGAUUGAGAAAAGCGAACAUCUGUUUGACACUGUUGUUUUGGAAUUAGGUUUGAUAAUUUCGCCUCCAAAAAAAACACCUUUGGAGGAGACAUUAUCGUAAUUUUCGAGUGAGGAAAGCAAACAGAUUACAGAUCUUUUCAAGAACACGCUUCGACCCAAACGACAGUUGAAGCACUGACUGUUGCCAUUUUCCUCGCGAGUUUUCUUAGUCCUCUCGGUGUACACCUUUAAUGCUGCACUGAUUCCUGAUUUUGGAAACUACUUUGGUUUUCUGUUCAUUAGUUGUGACAGUGAAUUAGUAAGAAAUCCAGAUAGUUAUUUAUUUAUGCAUUCUCCUGUAUAGUGUUCGCAUACAGGUCAAGCACUCAUUCCUUAAACAGUCAGUUCAUGGCACAGGAUCAUCAUUAUCAUUUAUGUAUAGUCUUGGGGGAGUACGUAUGUAAAUUUAUAGACUUUUUAAAACUGCAUGAUGAGGAAGUUGAUCGUUAUAAAGAUCACCGGCAUUGCACGAAUUGUAGGUGUUUUUACGUGCCCUGCUUUGCGGGGCGUAAAUUACAAGAAAAUACAGACUGUUUGCAAGUUUAACUGCAUGGUAUGAAUAUUAGUAACCGAAGAACCCCCCCCCCACAUUCGUGUAAGUCACGGGUCAAUGAAUUUAAUAUGAGGCAUGAUGACAUCAGCUCGUGUCUUUGUUCUCCAAAUCAGGGAGGGACGCUCGGAGUGUAGAAAGAUGAUGGGACGGUGCGCAGGUUUAAAACAGGUUUUUUUUUUUUAAAAGAUGGGUGGUUAAGUUCAUGAUGACAUUUAUUUUUAGUGUUAGAUCACUGAAAAGAACAUUUCUAAAUUAAGAGUGGUAGAUUUUGUGGUUUGAUUCAGUUCGCACCAUGACUACACAAAUGUGCACUCGGCUGAGAAGAAACAGGCGUUGAGUUUUCUCCUGACCUCUUCCCCGGCCCCUUGCGUUCAGUUCAAGCCUUUUUUGUUGUUCAUGAAUUAAAGCCUGUGUAAUUUAACCAUCGGUUUCUUCGCUCCCCAGGCUGGUGUUGCGGACACUUUAUAUACAGUGUAAUUUAUUUCUUAGUGCUUUGUAUUGACAGAGAACGAGGCUGAGUAUAAUGUCUGGUUUGUGUAAUUCUGAUAUGUCAAAAUGAACACACGGCAGAAGGCUGUACGGGCGGGAAAGCUAUAAAUCAGAUCAAGAUGGACUUCUUGGUGUUAAUAAAGAACGUGAAAUAAAACGAGUUGGAGGCUAAAUCUGAGAAAUCA